UCAGACGCAUACGACUUGCCGGACUUUCCCGAGACGUACGUUGGCUACGAUCGGCUGUGUGGCCGUCAACCGCAGUGCCUGCAUAAUGACAGAUGCCCCGAUCCGGGCGCCUUCGAUGGUAUCGAAGAGGAAGCGUUCAUCAAGGCGGUCGCCGAGUUGCUGGACAACGAGGAGAAAGCCAAAUCGGCCUACUAUCUGAUCGGCAGGGAUGAGUUCGAUUACGGGUUCUUUCAAACGCACUCCAUUGCGCCGGACGAACAGACGGGUGUCAAGCAGUCGCUGAUGAUGGACAAGUUCCUGAAGUGCCUGGUCCGAAAGUUUGGCACGUGCAAGGUGAAGAACCUGCUGGAAAGGCGGUGCCCGGCCAACGCCACGCUGUCAGGUUGCAGCGGUGACGUGAAAAUCAAGUGCAAUCCGGACUAUCCGUACCGGAGUUACGAUGGCAGCUGCAACAACCUGCAGCAUGCGACCUGGGGCAGAAGAGGCCGUGCUUUGAAGCACCCGAUUGCGCCCUGCUACACGGACGCGGUCUCGACGCCAGCCCGAAGCGUCUCCGGUGAACCGUUGCCCCAGAACCGUAAGCUUGUUGCGGAUCUGGCCGACGAACUGGUGAGGAUCGGUGAAAGCGACACCAACCCGACGAGUAUGUUUUUGGUGUUUUUCGCGGAGUUUGUCACGCUGGACAUGAUCGGUCGGGCAACGCGACGUACCCAGCACGCGACCGAGGGCUUUCGGGGCUGCCGUGCCGAUGGCAGUGACCGUAGUGCCUUCGUGUCACCUCUCGUGAACCCGUUGCGAGUGCCACCCGGUGAUCACUGCUACGGUAGGGUUGGUGUGCGCUGCCUGAACUUUAGCCCGCAGGAGAAGGCGAACGAUCGGUGCGAGUUGAAGUACGCGGGCGACCGGAACCUCGAGAGCAGCUAUCUGGACCUGUCCGGAUUGUACGGUAAAGAUCCGGAUUUCGAUCGAGACGGCAAACUAGAGUUGCGCCACUGUGGCGUCACUCGGCCGUUGGAAGUCGUGCAACCACUCACGGCCCAAUUCUUGGCCAUCGGUGGUCUCUUUGGUCAGCUGCAUAACUACUGCGUCGAUCAGGUGCGCUCGUGCGGCCACUCGAAACGUGGCCCGGUGGAGGAACGUUGCCGUGCGCUCACCAUCGGCGUGUAUCAGAAGUUAAUCUACGAUCAGCUGCUGCCGUACCUGUUCGGCCAGGAGUUCCUCAACCGGUGUGCCCUGGACUGUAAGUACAACCCGCGGGUAGAGUCCACCGUCUCGAUGCUGUACCGGAAUGGGCCCGGGCGGUUCCCGCACAUCUGGAUACCGGACAAGAUGCAGUACAAAACGCCGUCCGGUAACUUGAGCUCGUAUCCGUUCAACGUGUUUUUCCACGAUCACGGCCGAUUCGAGUGUACCGGAGUGUUGGAGGGCGUUGUGAAGUCUCCCAUCGUGAUCAAUCGCAUCGCGAAAGCGAGUUCGUGUAUGUUCUUCGGCAAGGACGGAGAGCGCGGUACGUGCCUGCAUUGCCUCGACCUGGCGCGCAACCGUGACUCGGGUCUGUGCCCGCUGCUGACCUACAAGCACUACAUCGAGCGGCUCGUCGGAGAGGAAGGUUCCAGCAAGUGCUACGAAACCUUCGAGGACCUGAAGGACAUGUUCCACCCGAAGCUGAUUCCGUUCCUGAAGGCUCGCUACCAGUCACCGGCGGACAUCGACGUUCUGCUCUCGAUCGUGGACGAGCGGUUCUAUCGCGGUGGCAACGUGCCCAAGCUGGUCGCCCAAACGAUGUGCCUGGAGUUUAAGCGACUCAAGUGUACCGAUCGAUUCUUCUACACCUGGAACGCGCACCUCGGCGAAGGUGCCCGCCAUUUGAUCGAAAUACUAGACUUUACCGCGCUCCUUGCGCUCUUCACCGAGAUGGAGGAGGUGCCCCUGGAACCCUUCAUCGUCGAUGGGCCCAAGGUGGCUGCACCGGAUGUGCGCCAGUACCUGGCCAGCAUUUCACAUCUUUUCUGUCAAGUUUAG